AUGGAUGGCCACCAGACAUCACAGCCUGUUCAUUGGACCAAUCAGCAUCCUCUCGACCCCACACCUCUUGCCAAGAGAUCAUUCUCGGACCCCAUUUGUCUAGCAGAGAGGCUCACCAGAGCAGAUAACCUCUUGUUCGCCACCAAACUCAACGCGUUGUACCUUGCCAACGGCUUGGACCCCAUCAUCGCCCCUGAGGCCAGAUUCACUGCCUCUCCUUCCACCAUAGUGAGUACCACAAGGACUACUACAAGGACGACCUCAACCCAGACUCCAGCACCACCCAUGACCCAAGCUGCACAAACAGAAACACCUACCACACCAACUCCCAACGCUCCUCCUAACACCAUCUCAGCUGACGCGCUCGCCAAUGUACUGUACACAUCUGCAAGCAGCACCACCAACGCUCCAGCGAUAGCUGCAACCACCACUCCCCCACACUAG